GAGCAGCAAGAGGAGCAAAAGGAUAUUAAACACGUAGAAUUGAGCGGGGCAGGAGAACCAAAUACUGGAGGGCCAGCUCCACAGAAGGAAGGUGGCUCUGUGACUGACGUAUACCAACAAAAUCAGCCGAUGACAAAUGGGGAACAGAAGCCAGUGACUGACUCAUCCAGCGAACAAUCAGAACGAGGCGGCAUACGAAUGACCAAAAAGCUAUUGAGAGAUGUUUGCAAACAGCACAAGUUAUACAUGACCCCGUGCUUGAAUGACACCCUGUAUCUCCAUUACAAAGGAUUUGACCGUCUGGAGAACCUGGAAGAGUAUACAGGGCUGAAGUGCCUGUGGCUGGAAUGCAAUGGCCUGACCAAGAUCGAGAACCUAACCAGUCAGACCGAUUUGCGUUGCCUCUAUCUUCAUCUCAAUCUGAUUCAUAAAAUCGAGAACCUUGAACACUUGCAAAAGCUGGACUCGCUCAACCUCAGCAACAAUUACGUCAAGACCAUCGAAAACCUCUCUUCUUUGAAAGUGCUGCACACUCUGCAGAUCGCUCAUAAUAUGUUACAGACAGCGGAAGACAUCCAGCACUUGCAGGAAUGCCCAAGCAUUUGUGUUCUUGACCUCUCCCACAACCGGCUGGAUGAUCCCAAUAUUUUAAAUGUCCUGGAAACCAUGCCUGAUUUGCGUGUGUUGAACUUAAUGGGAAAUGCCGUAAUUAAGAAAAUUGCCAAUUAUAGAAGAACACUUACCAUCCGACUGAAACAUUUAACGUAUCUGGAUGACAGGCCUGUUUUCCCAAAGGACAGAGCGUGUGCAGAAGCCUGGGCUGCGGGGGGCUGGGAAGCUGAAAAGAAAGAAAGGGAAUCUUGGGAGACCAAAGAAAGAAAGAAGAUCCAAGACAACAUCGAUGCUCUCGCUGCUGUCCGGCAAAGAGCCAAGGAGAAGAAGAGGCAACGUGAAAUGGAAGAAAGAAACAGAACAGCAGCAGUCCAACAAGAUGUUCUAGGUGAAACCCCAUCUCCAAGUAAUGGCAUUGUCACCAGUAAUGCAGUAGAGUCUUUGGAUUCUGUGGAAAAGAUGGAAACAGAGCAGAAGAUUGAGAAGUUUGUGAAGGAAAGCCUGGAGGCCCAUGAAGAAACCCUGGCUGGAACAGCAAACUCGGAACAUCAGUUGGGUGGAUCAGAAAGUACUCCUUUGGACAUGCCAACAGACAAGAUGGCCAGACCAGGACCAAGACUUACUGAUCUCCCUGAUCCAACAGAUAUUGAAGAGAUUAAGAUGGAGCCACCAGAGAAGCUCUUCCUUGAUGAAUUGCCUGAUUUGGAAGAUGUGGAUACCAGCGACAAUUUGGCAGAGGAGGAGAUCUUCACUAGAAAGCAAACUUCUCCUCCAAAGAUUGAAGUGAUUUCUGAAGUCAACGAGGAUGAAGACUGUGCUGCUGAGGGAGGAACACUAAUUUCUGCGGAUAUCGUGCCAGAAGAGAUCCCCACCUCAAUCUUUUCAAAUGAAAAUAAGGUCCCUGGGGCUGAUGCCAAAGAGUCCUUACAGUCCAUCCUAGCCGACCUCCUAAAGCAAGAAAAAGGAGACUCUGAAGGGCACCCAGACCAGCCCUUGAGGCCCUUAAUUGAAGAGAUGGCUCCAGAACCUUAUUGAAGAUCACAAUUUCAUGGGCUGUAGAUCAUUUGCAGUGUUUGUCAAUCUGGCAACAAGUUGAUGUAAGCCAGGCAUGGGCAAACUUUUCCCUUCCAGGUGUUUUGGACUUCAACUAUUGGCUGUUAGGAAUUGUGGGAGCCAAAGUCCAAAACACGUGGAGGGCCAAAGUUUGCCCAUGCCUGAUGUAAGCCAUCAAAAGCAAGGAAAAUGCUUGUGAUUUGUGACAAAGUAUGUAAGCCAUGUUUGACCCACCUCGAGUGUAAUAAGACUCACCUGUCAGCCAUGUUUGCUAGUGCAGCAGUUCAGUUUCAGACAUCUUUUAUGCUUUACCUUCCUCUCACUGCCUGUGGCUGAUGUCAAAGUGGGGUUCCAUAUUUUGAAAACAAGCAUCCAAAGUUGUUAUACAUCUUGCUGCUAUGAAGAUUCAGUGUCACCAAGCCAGACAACUAACGUGAAAAAUUAUAGUCAAUUCCUCCUUAGCCUUUCUAAGGAGUUGUGUACAAAAAUAUUAGUAUGUUCUGACGAAAGCAAAGCGGAUUUAAGUCUAAAUGAUUCAAGAGGCUGCCAAGUCUUUUCUCCCAUUGUAUUCAGCUUCAGUUUUGCAGGAUUGUGUUCAGUUCGUAACUGGUCAUGCAGUUUCUCUGCUUAGUUCGACUAUGUGUUAGUUUUUAAUUUGUUGUUCAGUUGAAAUAAAAGCCUUUGUUCUCA